CACUGAAGGUGACGACUCUAGAUUUGGUGAAAGAAAAGAUAUUCGUUCGUAACGUAGUCACUAUCCAAAAUGAUAACAGAGCAAAUUGCGAAAGAUAUAUGGGAGUUGCACAGUCGGCUUUUUGAUCACAGGCCAAUCUUACAGGGUCACAUACGGGCUUUUGUAAAAGAAUUUGAGGAAAAACGGGGUACAAGAGAAGAAGACAGACUGAACAAAAUAAAAACUCAGCUGAAUGACAUGACAGAUAAAUAUAUACCAGAAACAGAAACUGCUUUAGAUACAUUCCUUACAAACAUUCAAGCUAAAGUUAAAGUCGCUGUUGAGGUUUGCAAGAAGAUAGAAGAGAAAGAAAACAAUAUUGAGGUUGGCUUCUUAGACCUUCAGAGACAGAGGCGGAGAGAGGAAUGGGAUGUAUUUAUGCAAGAACAGUUUGAAAAGAGUGCUAAAGUUGAUCAGGAUAUGGAUAUAGAAAUGAAGAAAGUUUCUGCAGAGUAUGAGGAAUUGGAAAAGAAAAUAGAACACAUAUCUACUGCUACACCUUAGGUGUAAUAAUUCAUGUGAAAAUCCAUAAACUAUGUGAUAAAUAUUGAAGUUCAAAGUUGAAAUCUUUAAUAAUUAACAAGAUAUGCCAAAAGCUUUUUUACUUCAGUUGAAGUUUGUAUUUGUAGAUUUUAAGAAAUGUGGCAUGGAACUGUGGUAAAGUUAAUGAGUGAUCGUUUAAUUUGUAUCUGAAAAUCGUUCUAAAAAUUGGUAGACUUGAUUAACAAGCAACUUGCAUUAUACUUGUAAUUCUAAAUAAUUUUUUAUCUGCCAAGUGAUAUUGAUUCAUGGUAGUUCUGCACCUUAGAUAAACCAGAAGUAAUGGGGUAAUGUCAUUUAUCGGGAAAACAUAGACUAAAGCCAUUUUAUGAACCAGUGGCAACAGAUGAGUAAAUUUAUUGCAAUGACAAUAUUACUUAAGAUAUGAUAGUAAGAUAUCCGUCAGGUUAUGUCUUAAAAUCAGGUCGAUGUGCACAGAUCUCUGAUCACUGGCAAAUAUCUCGAAAACAAGCACACGGACCUGUACUAAAAGAUUCUUGCACUAGGUAUAGGUGCAGAUCGGAAUAUCCAGCCUAGAGGGUAACUGUUUAAGGCGGUAACAAAGCUUUAGCCAAGUUACGGCGUAAACAGUUACCCGAGAGCCGGAUAUUCCCACCUGUACCUAGUAACAACCAGUGAUAGAAUCUUUUUUUUGCAUACCAUAUUCAAGAAAUAAUAGUAAAAAUAAAAUUGAAUAACAAUCUUUUAAGAACUAUUUACUUACAGCAGUGUAUUUAAACAAAGCGCGGGAAAUCAACAUCCGUAAACAGGAAAGACGUCAUGAUGUUUCAAAGACAGAUAACAAUGUUUAGUUCCAGUUUUGUUUUAUCACUUGCAGUGUAAUUUUAUGUAUUUUAAUAAACUCUUGGGUUUUUUUUAUCGAGAAAUAUACUAUAAGGAACAAAGGGGGAACUACAAAGGUAUUGGAUUUUUAUUCUGUUUCAUGAAAUAAACUUUAAAUUACUACAUAAAUUUUCUACAUAUAUGUAGUUCGCAGUAUGUCGUUUAAACCACGAGAGUUAUCUUACAACCCAGGGUGUAAGAUGGAGUUUUCCAGCACAAUUGAAAAUACCAGAAAUCUCCGUCUGGUAUGCAAGAAAUUUUAUUCCACCAUAUUAUAAGGCUAAAUGUUUAUUUAUGACAGAAGUUCCAUUAAAAUCUACAUUUAAAAAAAAAAUCUGAGAAAAUGUUAUCAAAAUUGUGGUUUUCCCCAUACACUUGGCAUUAUGAAAACUUGUGCCAGGUCAAAAAUUUUCAAAUCAGUAUAACAAAAAUAUUGAGCACACAACCUUAUCUUUUUUUAUUUGCCAAAUUAAACUAUACUCUAAAGUUUUAUAAAAUCAGGGUUUAAGGUAUUAGAUCACUAAUAGAGAACCUCCUUUUUGAAGAGUAUUCAAUUCCUACCAUAAACCUACUUUUACUGCAUUACUUAGGGGGCGUACGUUCAAGCCCUACUGGGACCAAAUUUUUUUCCUUAUUUUCCUUUUUUUCUUGUAAGUUUUUACUUCUUUCAAGACUUAUUAUUGAUUUCUUGUACAAAAAUGGAAAAAGAUGAAUCUUAUAAGCGAUUUCUUGGUGUUCAAAGUGAAUAAAAAAUUUACUACUUCAACAGAAGGGAUAGAGUUACACAUCUUUAAAAAUAUUGAGUUACACAUGGUGAAAGUUCUCUAUUUUGCUUUCACUCUUAGAUUAUAUAUUGUGGAAGACAUUUAGGUAGGUUUUACGUCUCCCCUAAGGUUAUUUUUAAAUGGAGUAAGCAAAAGUCAAAACAGAAACACAGCAUUCGACCUUAGUUUUUCAAUGUUGAAGUAUAAAUUCUGUCUCACUAAAUCCGUUUACUUGAGGCACCAUAGAAAAAAUGAUAUUGACAUUUUUAUUUUGUGUUUUAUAAUUGUUUACCAAUAGUUUGAUGUUUCUUUUAUUAAAAUUAAUGGUAAAAUGAGUUCUCUGCAAACGUUUUGGAUAGUGGCUAUCACUUUGAAAUUUGUCUCUACUUGAGCUUGAGGAGAUACCAUAAGUUAUACAAAAAAACGGCAUGGUAAAAGUUGUUUAAAAAUUGCAAAAUAUUGCAAAACACGGUUACCUUUCAGAAUAUACCAAGCAAAGGCCAUUUUGUAAAUAUUACUAUUAGUGAUCUAAUACCUUAAUCAAAUUCUACAUUUAAAAAAAAAAUUGAUCCAAAUGUGUAGAACUAACUUGGAGCAACCUUGCUGAUUCUUUGUCAGAGAGCCUCUAAAAUAGUUCAGUGUAUUUUAGAAUAAAUCUGAUGAAGAGCAAUAAAAAGGAAAAUCAUCAAAACUCACAUAAUGAUUAAUUAGCACAUGACCUUCGCUCACAUGUAGUGUUAUCCUCUUCUCUCAGUAAAAAUAGAGUUCUUUCCCUUGAUUUGGUUUAAAAGAGAUAUUCGACUGUGUCUUAAUAACUUAUUGAUUGACCAUCAUGAAACUUUACACAAAUGUUGAUCGCUAUAGGCGCAUAAAUUUCUUCGGGAUCAUGGCAUUAACCAGACUUAUUGCCCUUUAAUUAUUUUUCAGUGCAUAAAUUCCCACAUAACUAAGAAAUUCAUUGAUGGAUCCUCAUGAAAUUUAACACAAAUAUACAUCAGUAUAGGGCAGUGGUGCAUGCAUAUCUUCCAUUAGGAUCUAUUUGCUAACUGCAGAGUUAUUGCCUUUUAAUUGGUCUAAAAUUAAAAAAUUUCUCCAAAACUCGAUACAAAUAUAGAUCACUAUAGGGCAUGAGUUUUUCCCCUUGAUUUUGUAAAAAAACAGUUGCACGGUCCUUAUGCAUGUAACUUGUGUUUAUCUCCAGGUUAUUUUACUGAUAAUCACGUGACCGCUUGUAGACGCUUGUCACUGUUAAACAAAUGUAAUUAUGGGAUAUCUAAAUUAGCAUCUAGAUGAUAUUUGUUCUCGUUUUGCAAAAAUUGAGAGGAAAAUUACAAGUUUCUUUGGGCGAAAAUGGCCCACGGAGACCUAAAAUGCUAGCGACACCAUGGGCAGUGACCCGAAAGAACUUAAAAUUUCCCAGUUCAGCUAAAAGUUUAGUCUAAAGAAUCAUGGAGCACUUUGGUUUGUACUUCCAAAAUCAGAAAGUCCCGGCCAGUUCAAACUGUCAAAAAGUUGGAAACGGAGCUGAACAUUUAACUUUUAGUCAAAUGGAACUGUAACCAUGUUGCUUGUGGGAAAAAUGGCACUAGCAAAAAAUUGUUUCAGGGAAAAAAAGUUACACAAAUUCGAUCCCUGAAAUAGGAUAACUUAGAAUAUGAAUUGCUUAAAACAAUCUACCGGUAAUGAAUAAUGUACAGUGUAAAAGCAGUAUAACAUGAUGUGUAUGAUAUUGUGAAUUUUCCUCAAAUUGGCCUCUUGAGCAUGAUUUUUCCACAUUUGACCAGUGCCCAGCGGCCCAUCUCCUAAAAAAAAAACCCUGAUCUCAAUUAAAUUCCUUUCAAAAUAAAGUCCUUCUAUUCGCAGAACAACUUAUUAAGUGGGGGAUAUAAAUGCACAGGCUUUAUUUAGUUUGCGUGUGUUUACUAGCACUACUACGCCUAAAGAUUGCUUAAGUCACACCAUUGUUGUUAGUAAGUGUACAUUACUGUAUAAAUAAUACAUUCUCAUGAAUGUUUUUAGUUAUUAAAAUUUAUAUGUGCAAUAAGAAAACAUAAUUGUUAUAUUAAUCAAGUAUUUAUUGUUAGCUCACCUGAGCACGAAGUGCUCAUGGUGAGUAUUAUGAUCACGUUGUGUCUGUCGUCUGUCGCCUGUGUGUGCUUGUGUCAAGUCGUCCGUCUUCAACAUUUGUGUUUAAACGACAUCUUUUCCGAAACCACUGACCCUGGGGGUCACAUAGUUUAUAUAAACUUAUAUAGGGAAAAACUUAGAAAAUCUUUUUGUCCAAAACCACAGGGCUUAGGGCUUUGAUAUUUUGUAUGUGACAUCAUCUAGUGGUUCUCUACUAAGAUUGUCCAAAUUAUUCCCCUAGGGUAAGUAUGGCCCCGCCCUGGAGGUCGCAUGGUUUACAUAGACUUAUAUAGGGAAAACUUUAAAAAUCUUCUUGUCAAAAACCACAAAGCCUAGGGCUUUGAUAUUUGGUUUGUAGCAUCAUCUAGUGGUUCUUUACUAAGUUGGUUCAAAUUAUCCCCCACGGGUCAAAUAUGGCCCUGCCCCAGGGGUCACAUGGUUUAUGUAGACUUAUAUAGGGAAAAACUUUAAAAACCUUCUUGUCCAUAUCCUACAAGAUUCAAAUUUGGACCACAUGACAUUGUAUAGUUUUCAGUGGCUAGAUUAACCUUGACAUGAGUUGACCUUUAUCUUGACCUAGUGACCUACUUUCGCAUUUCUGUUGCUACAGCCUUCAAAUUUGGAUCACAUGCAUAGAUUUGACAUUGACCUAGUGAUCUACUUUCACAUUUUUGAAGGUACUGGCUUCAAAUUUGGACCACAUGCAUAGUUUCAUGUUCUGAAAUGAAAUUUGACCUUAAUCUUUACUUAGUGACCUACUUUCACAUUUUUGAAGAUACAGGCUUCAAACUUGGACCACAUGCAUCUUCUUCUAUGAAUCAAUAAUAGCUAGAGCCUUGAUUUUUGUGUGUGAUAUCAGAGUUGUACUGUCUAACUAUUGCCCUAGGUGAAAGAAUGUGUGUGACGGCUAACAUAGAAAAAACCUAUCAAUACUUGUACCAUUACGUUAUGCAAACACACUUAAAGCCUUUUACUCAGGUGAGCACUUCAGGGUCAAUGACCCUCUUGUUAUUACAUACAUGUAUCUAAUACAGAUUUAUAUUUCAGUUGA